GAACGCUUUGUUUUUUGUCAACGUCAGAAAUCUGUCAAAAUGCGUAAAUUAUUUUCGUGAUUUGUUUUUGAAUUAAAAUUAAUUCUAAUUACGUUUAACCAUGGAUAUCACAACAAAUAUAAACCUAGAAAAAAUAUGCAGGACUUGCUUGCUUGAGUCCCCGCAUAUGGUGGCUCUGUCGACAAAAAUGGAAGGUAACAAUCGGACUCUGUACGAUGUGUUGAUUUUCGUUCUCAAUAAUAACGUUGCUAUCGGUGAGAAGCUUCCAAAGCAGAUUUGUGGAGACUGUGAGAUGCAGUUGUUCCGUGUUGAGGAGUUUAAGAGGCGCUGCAAUGAGUCAGAGAACAUUUUGAAGGAGUUAGUCGACGCCAGCCAGUCUGGCCCAUCGCAACUUAUAAAGUUGGAAUCAACCUCUAAAAUAGAGAAGCAGGCGACGUUCGAGCACUUUUUAGAACUUAACCCUAUUAAUGUGAUAGAUUCUCUAAAGGAAGACUCAACAGGAAUGAUACUUGAGCCUGUAAAAGUAGAUUCUAAGGCUGAUGUAAAAGCUGCUAUCAAAGAAGAGUUUUCUGACUUUUCCGAUGAUUUAGAUGAUGAUAAUUAUGACGACAAUAGCCAAAAUAUAACGGAGAACAAGAAUUACCACUGUCCGUGCGGUGAAAGCUUUACAGAAUUGGACCAAUAUCAAAAACAUAUGGACAGCGAAAAGUGUUCGAAAACAUCGAAAUCUGACCUUUUACUCAUACCAGUCAAAUGUGGACAGUGUAACCUAGUAUUUAAAAACUCUGAAGACUUCAAAAGACACGUAAAAACUCAUAUCAAACCGAAUUCCAAGUAUUUCCAAUGUAAAUUAUGUAAAAAGAAAUUCACUAAGAAAUGUAAUCUCCAAACCCAUUUAGAUAACAAAGUCUGCUCCAAACCAGUAACGGUUAAGAAAGAAAAGCAAAAAGUCAAAGAAAAACCUACAAACAGUGUGUUAACGUUCAUUCCGAUAAAGUGUGAGCAAUGUAACAUAGUUUUUAAGAACAUGAAAACCUUUAAAACUCAUACUUUAACCCACAAAAGUGCGCCAGAGUUCUUCCAAUGUUCGCAAUGCAUGAGGAAGUUCAAAAAGAAAUCAUCACUUAUUACGCACAUGAGAAAUCAUGAGGAAAGAGACAAUGUUAAAUACAUUUGUGAUAUUUGCAAACGUGAAUUCAAGUAUCAAGCGCAUCUUGACAAUCACAAUCUAUCGGAGCAUAGUAAGAAAAAUCUCAUUCAAAUGCAAGUUUUUCCAUUAGAGACGAACAAUAUUAAUGAUAAGAAGCACCAGUGUAAGCUUUGUAGUAAAGCGUUCAAUAUGCAGUCAACGUUGACGGAUCAUAUGCGGACUCAUACUGGAGAGAAACCAUUCUUGUGUUCGGUGUGCGGUCGAGGAUUCACACAGAAGACCAAUCUUGCUCAGCACAUGCGAAGGCAUUUAGGAUUGAAGCCUUUUAAAUGCACGGAAUGUGAAAGAGGGUUCGUAUCAAAAGGCGAAUUAGACGCGCACACCCGUAAGCAUUCAGGAGCUCAUCCCUUCGUAUGCGACGAGUGUGGCAACGGGUUUACAACGUCGAGUUCGUUGAGGAAACAUAAGCGAGUCCAUACUGGGGAGCGGCCGUAUGCCUGCGAUCUGUGCCCCAUGAAGUUUGCUGCCUCCGGUACCCUAAAAAGCCACAGACGAACGCACACCGGUGAAAAACCUUACCAGUGUUCAUACUGCGAGAAAGCCUUCGUCCAGCGUCAAGAUCUGGUCUCCCACAUACGGUGCCACACCGGAGAGAGGCCAUUUGUCUGUGUGCACUGCGGUCAAGCAUUCAGGAAGCCUUCUGCUUUAAAGGCACAUGCGAAGACACACAAGCAACCGAUGCAGCCCGGACCGAUGAUGGCCUUGCAAGGUACUGGGUAGCAGGAUAAAUAAUGUUUGAAGUUUAUCUGACAGAUAAGUUCCUGAUAGGCUUGAUGGGUAGCGAGAGCCGAUUUUGGAUUUAUAGUGCAAGUUAAUCUGGCUGAUAAGUACCUGAUAGGCUUUAUCAGCAAGUGCUGCAAUGGUUCUGGAUAGUUUGUGUGAUCAACGUUUGAAGUGUAUCUGACAGAUAAGUUCCUGAUAGGCUUUAACAGCAAGUGCUGCAAAGAAGUUAUCUCACUUAACUUGAGAUUUAUGUGACAGUUAAGUCCCUGAUAAGCUUUAUCAGCAAGUUCUGCAAAGGUUCUUGAUGAAGUAUGUGAAAGUUCUCACUUGUAACUUGAGAUUUAUCUGACAGAUAAGGUACUGGGUAGCAGGAAUAACAUAAUUUACAAUUUAACGGGAGAAAGUUAUUUGGGGUUAAAUCCAAGCGCCUGAUGCAACGGUUUUGGAUAAAGUUUUAGAUUGUCAUCUGAUUUGAAGUUUAUCUGACAGACAAGCUCCUGAUAGGCUUUAUCAAAAAGAUAGACCCUUUAAAUACUUUUCUAUAGAUUAAACGCUGACUGAUUGAAAUCCAGUUGAAAAUUUAAACUCAUCAUCCACUGAUGGUUAGAACAGUCAUAAGGUAGUCGUAGGAUUAUUUUAACUAAAAAAUCAUGAUUACAAAAGAAUUCUAUACCAUAUUUUCGCUGAAUUUUCUUACUUUACUGUAGUGAUAAAAGAUAAAUCUAUGAACAAUAUUUUACUGUAUUAUUAGUGUUAAUAACUCGAUAUGCCACAGAUUUAGAAAAUGGUGCUUUACAUUAUUUGGAGGGCACGUUAAGUCAUUUAUGCCUUAUUACGUUACAUUAAGAUUAAAUUUACGAUAAAAUAAAUAGUCACAUAAUACACUGUCCCCACCACUUUUUUUUGUAUCUUUA